GACAACGGUGUCUACUGCUACUACUGCUCACUAGGUGUAGAAUGGGGUUGAAGGACAGACUAACGGUAUACCUAGGAAAGCAGGGACUAGUACCGGAUGAUAUACCCAAGGUUAUUGGAUGCUUUGUGGCUGGUAAAUACAUAACAUGGUUUACUAUGAUUGGUAUAUGUAUGCGGUAUCAACCACUACGGAGGACUUGGUAUCACUUUUAUCCUGAGCUACUGGCUCGGUCCGGUGUAUGGCGAGAGAGGCAACGCGGUCGGUUGAUCGAGCAUCGGAGACGAGUGGUUUCCUGGGCUAAUGAGAGAUACGAGCCCCUAGCUGAUCGUAUCAAACUCCAGCGUAGUACGAAUUUCGGCCCUCGAAAGUGGGCCAAUGGGCAUCACUCCCACAAUGGACGGAAUCACCAAUCAUCCGGAGGCUCGACUGGGGAGCAACAACAGCAGCGUUUUCAGAACGGUCGGAGUCAACACCGAGAGACUCCUUCUAUUCUGAAGCGGUUUUCUGUAUCUAUGUACAAUCUCAUGGAGAAAGCGGCCGCCAAAGUUGGUGAUAAUAAAGCCUGGGGCUUCAUAUCGACGAGGAUACUCCAUGUGAACUCUCGGACGUUCGCCUUUGCUGUCGGUGAAUCAUUGAUUCUCUUCAAAUUGACCUUCAUAUUCCAUGCUCCUCUAGUUCUAUUCACAGUAGUUAGAGCCUUUCAAUGGUGGAGAGGCGUGACCCCACCUCCAUUGUUCGCUGAGUCGCCGUUGAAAACGAUAUCACAGUGGGCAGUCGAUCUCAACGACCUCAUGCAAGCGUCGAUCGAGGACCCAUUGGAGUCUCCUACAGCGGCCGAUACUGCCAGUUCGCCUCCCUCCAGUGGCUCAGUCUCCAAUGCUACUAUCAUAGCGAAUGAUACGCCACAGACUCCUGACGAUAUCGAUUGA